CAGUGGCCAUCGAGUGUUCAUGCGAGAACGGGACGCACGCAAGAGGGAAACAGACAAACCUGUUUCGCCUCAGCAUGGAAGAAAAUACCGAUUGUAUUGGUUUUGGAGAGACACCACCCCUUGUGAUUAGCGUUGGUGUCGAUCAUUGCGUGUUCGUUGCCGGACACUUGUUGAACCGUAGGCAGUGACCGUCGCGUUCGCAGUCCACGUUGGUGUCGGUUCUGUGUUCUGUCCGUGCUUGUUAAAUUGUCCACGUGUUGUAUCUUGUAUUUUUGUUGCGUCAAAUCUUACUUAUUAAAUUAUAAUUAAAUUAUCUUUACAAAAAAUAUUGCGAGUUUAAUUCAACGGCUAGUAUUUUAUAAAAUGUAUCUACAACCUGCAGGAUCAAGCAUUUUUGGUGAAAGCACACACGAUGCGGCCACCUCAUCAUCAAAUGUUAACAGACCUAAAAACAAUUCUCACUUGACGGGUAAUUUCAGUAUUGGAUCAAUUCACUCGGCUAAUUACCGUUUGCCGCCUCCGCCAAGUUACUAUGGUCCACAUUUGAUAGAGACUGUUAGACAAGCUGAACCGAAGUAUUUAUCUAAUUGGUGUGUGAACGUCAAAAGCAUAAAAUUAGAGCAGGGCGAUUCAAGCUUGAUCGCCGCAUUAAGUGGAACUUUGUUGGAAAAUGAUCGUCAAACCAUAUCAUGUGAAAGCUACGAUGCUGGUAGAUUAGUUUUUGUGAUAGCAAAAAAUAUUGUUAGAACUAGUGAUGGAGUAUACCAUCUGCUUGGACCAAUCACUCAAGGAUAUCCAAAUAAUUUGUAUCGUGCAUGUUUGGAAGCUGAUGGUAUUCCAAGGACCUGGAAAUACGUUUUAACACAAUUCUCUGGUAAACUUCCUGAUGGCAAUCAGAUAACGACUUCUACAACUGAUGAUGCAGCUGUGACCAUUUCCAUCGGCAUGGGAAUACAGGAAUUGAUUAGAAGCUAUCGCAUUCUUCGACAUUUGGCGAUGAUAUCAGAUAAAAGAUUGAAAGAACAUAGCAAUGCUCGGAAGUCUAUAAGUUUUGCGCGACACCAAUUUAAACAAAAGUUGGUUUAUUCAUUGAAAGUCGUUAACAACCAAAUCAUAAUGGGAAUGAAAAAAUUGCUUAAAAAAGAUUGAAAAAUACAAAAAGCUGAACGUAAGAACAAUUGUAAGUAUAAGUUGUCAAAAAUGUUUUUUUUUUUUUUUAUUGAAUUUAGGUUCGGCAUCUAAGUCCAUUACCUAUUAAAAAUGUUAUUUUAUGAU